UUACCAUUUGAUGUUUAUUUUCAUAAGAAAUGAAGGAGAAUUAACAGAUAAGGCGCAAAACCAAGAAAAAUGGCUUGGAGCCUAGCACUUCCUGCUUUAUCAAUUGCUGCAUUUGAUAAUUCAUCAAACUUCAUAUCUUCUGCUACAUUUUGUUCUUCAAAUUCUCCCUUUUCCUCUUUUUCUGCUAGUUUCUCUACCUUCAACUCAAAGCAACAAUGGAUUCUUCCCUUACAGAAAAGACCUCACCCCACAAAACAACUCAUUUGCAAGGCAGCUGAGUACAAAUUUCCUGACCCAAUUCCUGAAUUUGCUGAAUCUGAAACAGAAAAAUUCAAGACCCAUCUUCAGAAAAAGUUAUCAAAGAAAGAUAUUUUUGGAGACAAAUUGGACGAGGUUGUGGGUAUCUGCACUGAGAUCUUGGAUAACUUCUUGCACACAGAAUAUGGGGGACCAGGGACUUUGCUGGUACUUCCUUUCAUUGAUAUGGCUGAUACUUUGAAUGAACGUGGACUACCGGGAGGACCUCAAGCAGCUCGAGCAGCUGUCAAAUGGGCUCAAGAUAACGUAGACAAAGACUGGACCAAAUGGACAACCGGAAACACCAAGUAGCAACACCUCGCCAAAGUUUCAGUUUAAGUAUUUUGAGAUAGUUUUAGGCCAGGAAUUUUGAAGAUAGUUUUAUUAUUUUAUUUAUCUAGUUUGUUUGAUUUAUGUUCUUGUGAAAUGUAGAACCACCAGGCAUAAUUAGAACGUAAAGCAUCAGGCUUUUAGAAACACAAUUAAGUAAAUCGUACGGAGUAUGAUUUAUUUAUUAAUGAAAUUUUGCAAUAUCCAGAUCA